AUGGCUUUGAAAGCUUUUCAAAUACCAGCAUUGCUUCUUGUUUUUCUGAGUUUUAUAUUUUUACUUGCUACUACUGCAUCCAGCAAUUGGAGAAUAUCAAGUAUAGUCAAUACUACAAAUUGGAAGUAUGAAGGUCUAUGGAUGAAUUGCGAAGCUACUUCAUUGGGUUUCAUUCAGUGCAAUACAUCGUACUUGCUGUUAAGUUCAGACACUUUUAUUCAAGUAUGUCGUGCCCUGAUGAUUUCAUCCCUAGUGUUGGGGAUAUGUGGAACUCUGCUGGCAUUACUCAGUUUGAAAUGCCCUCAGCUUGGUUUCAGUGAUGAAAAAACAAAAGGAAGGAUUUCCAUGAUGAGUGGAAUGGUAUUUGCUUUGGCAGGUCUCUCAUCAAUGGUUGCUCUUUCGUGGUAUGCAGUAAAUGUUAUAACUGAGUUUUUUGAUCCUUUCUAUGCUGGAACAAAAUAUGAAAUGGGAUCUGCACUGUAUCUAGGUUGGACUGGUUCCCUUCUUUCCAUAGUUGGGGGAAUCCUGUUGACAUGUUCAUCAUGCAAAUGA